AUGAUAUCUUCCGUCUUUGUGUCCAUUGCGCUUUCCCUUCUCUCUCCGAUCUUGUUCUCCGUUUUCAAGGUCCUGUAUCGCAACUGGACGUCUUCUCUGCACUUCAUCGACGGCCCAACCUGUGCGAAUCCCAUCCUCGGGCACUCAAAAUUGAUCUCGGAUGUUCCCAGUAUCACCAAUAAGUGGCGGGAGGAAUUCGGUGCCACAUUCAUGGCCAAAGGAUUUUUCAGCGAGAACGAGCUGCACAUCAUAGACGUCAAAGCAGUGGCUCAUAUUCUCAGCCGCGGGGGAAGCUAUCAGAGAACUUCGACAGUGCUGGCACAAUCCACUCAGCUCCUGGGAGUGGGCAUCUUGUCCGUCGAGCACGAUCCACACAAACGUCAGGCAAGUGUCUUAGACACUGCUGUUUUGACUCUUCUAUAUUCACCUUGCGCUCUUUGGUGUUUUCGUAGCGACGAGUUCUCAAUCAUGAACGAGAUCUUCGUGGAGAAAGGACACAUGCUGCGAGACCUGUUGGUAGAGGAGAUUAGACAAGGCGGCGGAAAGGCGGUCGUAGAUCUUUCCGGCUGGCUCAAACAGGUUUCUCUGGAUAUCAUCGGACAAGCCGGGUUCGGAUAUCAAUUCAAUUCCAUGCAGUCCCGCGGAAAAGACGAGGCGGAGCUGAGCACCGUCUUUCGCGCGUUAUUUCACUCCCCCAACGCCACUGUGUACCAGGCCGUGCAGGUCGCGCAGGCAGUUUUUCCGAUACUGAAAUACGUCCCGCUCCCAGGCUGGCAGAUCAUCCGCGCGACUCAGAUCAAACUGCGCGCAAUCGGCAAGCAGCUUUUGGACAAAUCGAAACGUGAAUCUGCUGCUGCCACCGGCGAGAAGGACUUUGGGAAGGGCAAGGAUCUACUGGCUCUUCUCGUGAAGGCGAACAUGUCGAGCGAUAUCCCGGCCAGUCAGAAACUGAGUGACGAGGAAGUGAUAUCCCAAAUUCCGACGUUCUUCUUUGCGGGACAUGAAACAACCAGCACCGCGCUGUCCUGGGCGGUGCACGCUCUGUCAAAGCACCCGGACGUUCAGGAGAAGCUCCGUCAAGAGCUGCUCUCGCUCCCGACAGACCAGCCAACUAUGGAUGAACUCAAUUCACUCCCGUUCCUCGAGAAAUUCAUCAGAGAAUCCUUGAGAUUGUAUGCUCCAGCGGUCUACAUCCAAAGAAUGGCAAGCCAGGACGAUGUAUUGCCUCUUGCCAAGCCGUAUGUGGAUCGUCAAGGCGUGUCGCACAAUACUCUCCCCAUCCGCAAAGGUCAAGUCUUCACUAUCCCCAUUGCUGCUAUCAACACGGAAAAGGAAACGUGGGGAGAAGAUGCCCUCGAGUUCAAACCAGACCGGUGGGAUAAUCUCCCCGAGGCGGUGAACUCAGUCCCGGGUGUUUGGGCAAACCAACUGACAUUCUUUGCUGGCUCGCACCACUGCAUUGGCUUCCGCUUCAGUCUCAUUGAACAGAAGGCUAUCCUCUUCACACUUCUUCGUGCAUUACAGUUCUCUCCUGGAGCAGAGAACAUUGGGCCCGUCAUGACUAAUGUGGUCCAGCGGCCUGAAUCCUUUGUACUGAAAAAGGAUGGCCUGGUGUCAACUGGGAAAUUCCCAAUCAUGCUCCAAGAGUACACCGGUGAAUGA